CUCACUCCACUGUUAUCAAUAAUUGCUGUUAGUCUUUCGUGCAAUAACUUUCUUGAAAGUACCCAGAUCACGGUAGGAAUUGAUUUGACAUGUUCUAUGCCUGAAGGCAAUGAAAGGAAUAUUUUCAUCGCGAGUGGGGCUUUGGCUUGGAUUGCUGUUAUCGCGUUAACGUGGUACAUUUGGGUUCCUCGGGUCGAGAGAAUGGCAAAACUCGAGAGGUUGUUUUCUGGCAGUUUUUACGAUUUCUUCUUCCCUGAUUUGAACAUGCUUCUUCGAAGGAGAAAUGACCAUCAAAUUAGAGAGCAGCAUAUGGACAGUGUACAACCGAGGGACGUUCCAAAAGUCAUCAUCUGUGUAACAAUGUGGCACGAAACGUGCCAAGAAAUGUGUCAGCUUCUAAAGUCUAUUUGCAGAUUAGAUCUGCAUUUAUCAAUUCGAGAGGAAGCCGAUCAUAUAGAAGAGGACAAAAACGGUGCAGACGGCGAGAAACAAGACGCUGUAAAGAAAACACAAGACCCUGAUAAAAUUAACAUUGAGGUUCAAAUAGUAUUUGACGACGCAUUUUGCUCAACAAAAAACGGUUGUGAGGUUAAUGAAUAUCUGCUCCAGUUUAUGUCAUGUUUGCAAAAGGCCGUUGGUUCCGUGUUGAAAGACAAGGAACUCUUGGAGUGGAAUAAAACAUUCCAAAAGAAAGUGGUUCAGACACCUUAUGGCGGACAAUUCAUUCUACAACUUCCAGGUGGAACACAGAUGACGAUUCAUUUGAAGGAUAAGAAAAAGAUAAGGCCCAGAAAACGAUGGUCUCAGGUGAUGUACAUGUACUAUUGUUUGCUGUACAAAAUGGGAAAGAUGUAUCCAGAUACAAUUAGAGACGAGCUAAAGAAGACAUUCAUUCUAACCCUUGACGGUGAUGUAGACUUUGAACCGAAAUCAGUUUUACGAAUGAUGGAUCGAAUGAAGAUGAACAGCCGUGUCGCAGCAGUUUGUGGCAGAAUUCACCCAAUAGGGACAGGUCCAAUGGUGUGGUACCAACAAUUCGAAUAUGCAGUCGGCCACUGGCUUCAAAAGGCAUGCGAACAUAUCUUCGGUUCUGUGCUAUGUUGCCCUGGAUGCUUUUCUAUAUUUCGAGCAUCUGCCCUAGUUGACGACAAUGUAUUGAAAACGUACACCAAAGAGCCAGAUGAAGGAAAACACCUUUUGCAGUUUGAACAAGGCGAGGAUAGAUGGCUUUGUACUCUUCUCAUUAAACGAGGAUACAAGACAGACUACUGUGCAGCCGCAGAUGCAAAAACGUUUGCGCCAGAAAACUUUUGGGACUUUUUUGUACAAAGACGGCGCUGGUCACCAUCAACAAUGGCGAACUUGAUUGACUUGGUCCUUUCUUGGAAACAAAUAGUUCAAAACAACAGAGAAAUCAACCAUAUGUUUAUGAUAUAUCAAUUGGUGCUGGUUAUAACAAGUGUAUUAGCUCCUGGAAUUGUCCUUGUGAUGAUAGCAGGGUCAUUUAGUUCAGUAUUAAGUUUGAAGCCAUGGCAUUCAUUUUUCGUAGCCGUGACUCCGGUAGUUUUGUUCGCAGUGCUAUGCCUGACAGUGACUCAGAAAAAGCAACUCCUUGUGGCCGCAAUACUAAGCACGGCAUAUACAUUUGUUAUGAUUAUUGUGACAAUCGGCAUGAUUUUAAACAUUGUGAGCGAGACAAUUCUUUCCCCAAGCGUGAUUUUUCUCAUAUUUGUCAGUCUAGUAUUCCUGAUAUCUGCUUUGCUUCACCCUCAAGAGUUCACAUGUUUGUUUCCUGGCUUACUAUAUUACGUUUCUGUGCCUUCUACAUUUAUUUUUCUGACUGUAUUUUAUAUGUGCAAUUUACAUGACAUUAGAUGGGGUACUCGAGAAUCCAAAUCUCCAUCAUCCCAAUCGGAAGGAGAGAGUGGAAAUAAGACAUCGUUUAUGCGUUUGCUUAUCGCUCUUGUUCAACAAUACUUGCAAGCAAAACUCGGUGAAAUUAACCCAAAUGGUCCCGAUUUGGAACAGGUUGAAAGACAACAAAGCGAACAACACGUGGAAAUGAUAAACUAUGAAGACGAUAGACGAGCAAAGACUAAAGCGCAAGAAUUUCAAGAGCACUUGAAGGAGAUUGAGCUUGAUUUGGAGGAAGAUGAAGAAGAAGAUGAGCCCCCGCCUGAUUAUAUGAGUGAGCCUGAUGUUGAUUAUGACGACUUUGAUUGUGAAACUGUUUUAGAUACGGCAUCUCCUUCACCAAAUAGACCAAACUCAAGGAAAUUCAAUAUUUACCAUCAUAGAAUACAGACAGUGCGCUAUAGAAAACGACAUAGACAGCCGAUUGAUGCAAGUUUGUAUCAUCUGGACGGUGGUUAUGUUGGUGGAUCAUUUUUACGACCUGGUGUGAAAUACCCUAGCAACAUUUUUCAUGAGGACAGAAGAGGUUAA